CUCUCUCUCUCUCUCUCACCCCAUCCUCUUCUCUUCCUCUGAAAAUAUAAACUAUAAAAGAGAAAUAAUUCUUUCUAGGAACUGGUAAGGUAUAUAAGCUAUUGAUCAGAACAAUUUUUGCAUAUACUUCAGUUUGGAUUUUCUUUUUCUUAUUUUCUUUUAUUAUUUUGGCAAUUUUUUUUUCCUUUUUUGCUGCUGUGAUAUUAGGAUCAAGUCUUCCUUUUUCCUUCUUCCACACUGUUUAAGGCUUUAAGCUCUGCUCUCUCUGAGCAUCUGCACCUGCAACAUCUUUCUUUGUUUCUCUUCUGUCUUGCAACAUGACAGCCAGAUUAUCAUCAUCGCAGUGUUUAGGAUUGGUUUCACAAGCAUAGGUCAUGACUUGCAAUGGGAUGGCUUUCUUCCCAGCUAAUUUCAUGCUUCAGACUCCUCAUGAAGAAGAUCAUCAUCAUCAACCUCCCACUUCUCUCAAUCCAAUUCUACCCUCAUGCACCCCCCAAGAUUUCCAUGGCAUGGCAUCAUUUCUAGGGAAGAGGUCAAUGUCAUUUUCAGGGAUUGAUGCCUCGUGUCAUGAAGAAGCUAAUGGAGAGGAUGAGCUGUCGGAUGAUGGCUCACAGGCAGGAGAGAAGAAGAGAAGGCUUAAUAUGGAACAAGUCAAAACACUUGAGAAGAACUUUGAAUUGGGUAACAAGCUUGAACCUGAAAGAAAAAUGCAGCUGGCUAGGGCUCUUGGUCUCCAACCAAGACAGAUUGCUAUAUGGUUCCAAAAUAGGAGGGCUAGAUGGAAGACCAAACAGCUUGAGAAAGACUACGAUCUCCUCAAGCGGCAGUUUGAAGCCAUCAAAGCUGAUAACGAUGCACUUCAAGCCCAGAACCAGAAGCUUCAGGCAGAGAUAUCAGCACUGAAAAGCAGGGAACCAACUGAGUCUAUUAAUCUCAAUAAAGAAACUGAAGGUUCUUGCAGUAAUAGAAGUGAAAACAGCUCUGAUAUCAAGUUGGAUAUCUCAAGAACACCAGCUAUUGAUAGCCCUUUAUCUAAUCACCCAAUUAGCAGACCCUUUUUUCCAUCUUCGUCCAUAAGGCCCACAGGUGUGGCUCAGCUCUUCCACAACAACUCUUCAAGGUCUGAUCACAUCCAUUGCCAGAAGAACAUAGAUCAAAUGGUGAAGGAAGAAACCCUCAGCAACAUGUUCUGUGGGAUUGAUGAUCAAUCUGGGUUUUGGCCAUGGCUUGAGCAACAACAUUUCAAUUGAGACACAACACCUACAACAACACUGUAUCCAGUUUGGCGAAGUUUUUCGAAUCAUCAUCAAAAGGGCAACUACCUUAUUUUUACAAGUUCAUGUUUUGGUUCUUAGGUUGUUGUAUAAAUUAGGAUUUAUAUCAAGUUUGAGGUUGGUGGGGGGAGCUGAACAUCAUCGUUUACAAGCAAUAAAGGAGUUUGUGUCUUUGAGUUAUAUACCAUGUUUUUCCUAGAAAAUUAGGUUGGAUCAUGGAAUCCAAGUGAUGAAAUUAUAUUUUGCUAGCUAGUGACUAGUUGGAGCUAGAACUAGCAUGGGCCAUGAAAUAAAAAAAGGGAUUCUCUCUUACUUGCA